CGGCUGUUUUUUUGAAAGCUAUUGUGAUCACUUCUUCUGAAGGCUCGCGUGGGUGAUGUUGAAGCAUCUGACGAGAGCAAAUCCACAUCUCAGUAAAAUCAGCACAUUUCAGGAAACACUUUCCUUUUCUACAUCUCUGUGGAAUUAUUUCAACAGAACUAUUCUGGAUACUACACUCAAGCCGGUAGAACAAACAUGAUUUCAAGUUUUAUAUGGAGAGAAAGUUACUAAACUUUCAAGGAAGCUAGCUGACUCAGUGAUUGUGGUCUUCAAGUUUCUAAACUAGAGGCCAGCAAAAUACACCAAUGUGAUCAUCGUUGUGGAACUAUUAUUAGUUACAUCUCUUCAGUGAAAACUGGUUUCUUUAUCCUGAUUUGCAAAUGGUUCUCGCCGGGUUUACGAAGGAAUAUCGCGAUCUGGAGUCUUACCAUCCGUACAGUCCGACUAUAACAUCCAGUGCAAUGCCGCCCCAAGCGCAAUCGGCUAACGACCACCACCACCACCAGCCCGCCGUCCCAGUCGGCGUGGUGACGGCAUCGUCUCGGUCGCGUGCACCCACCACAACAUCCAAUAUCUCGAGAACUGAGUCUGCCAACGAAGAGGACAUUGAAACCAAAGUGAAAUGUGUGCUAAUAGGUGACGGUGCGGUAGGAAAGACUAGCCUAGUCGUGAGCUACACAACGAAUGGAUACCCAUUGCAAUAUGUGCCAACAGCAUUCGAUAAUUAUUCAGUUGUGGUGAGAGUAGACAGGAAUCCCAUCAAAAUCCAAAUAUGCGAUACAGCUGGCCAAGAUGAUUUUGACUCCUUGAGGCCGCUCUGCUACCCCCAGACAGAUGUCUUCCUGCUAUGUUUCAGUGUAGUCUCACCAACAUCGUUUCACAACACACUAGAGAAGUGGUUGCCGGAGGUACGAAGACACAACCCCAAGACUCCUAUAAUCCUAGUAGGCACUCAGUGUGACUUACGGACUGACGUCAAUGUCUUGAUUGAUCUUGCUAAGUAUCAUGAGAGGCCGAUAACGGAAGAGGAGGCCAUUUACCGUGCGGAGCGUAUCAAUGCUGUCAGUUAUGUUGAAUGUUCAGCGUUGACACAACAUAACUUAAAGGACGUUUUUGACACGGUUAUUUUAACUGCGCUGCAGUUUACUGGGCCUCCUAAGGGCAAGAGUAAAAACAGCUCCAAAUCCAAGAAACCUAAAAGUAUAAAGCCAACAAAAGUCAAGAAGGAUAAGCCAUUGCCGUCUAAACCUAAAUCUUCAAUCUGGAAGAAGCUUUGUUGCAUCGUUUGAGUUCCUGAAUGUUUCUUCAUCCUGCACUUCGCACAUCCCCCCCUCCGUGUCUUUCCGUAAUCUUGUGGAAUUGUGCCAUAAAUGUUCAGCUACUUGUGUCCACAUAAACUUAACUCUGGAUUAUGGACAGGAGAACAGACUUUGGUGAACCUUAUUACCAUCAUGGCAGUGUUGUGUUCGGCUGUAAUGCCAGAUUCUUGGAGACUAGUUGUUCUCAUAUAUACUGUCGGCGGAAGAGUUAUUUUUGACUACGUAUCGAGACUGCAUCAUGUGACUGUUGAAUAGCUGAUA